AAGUUGGCCAAGGCAAAAUGUCAUAUCACUCGAGGGAAACUGAAAACUAUUUUCUUUAACGAUGGACAGGAAACGAAAGCUCAGCGAGCGCAACUUGGAUAUCCGUACAGAUAUGCAGUUUGUGAAGAAUCUGGUUAGGGACCUUCAAGUGGAGGCAGAGCCGGAGGUACGUGGCGUUAUCCUAGACCUGGCUUACACUUUGGCGAGGGACAAACUGGUGGAGGCCAAACGAUUCGCCACGCUGGCGAACCAUUCCAACGUAAGUGUCGAGGAUCUGAAGAUGACGCAGCUGGACCGGACCGACGAGCUGAAGGGAAAGUGCAGCCAGGAGCCUCCACCCAUGCCGAGUACGAGCCGGGGACUAAUGCUGCCCUCCCUUCGCCACUGUCAGCCGGGCAUGAUGGCCGAUCUGGAGGGCAAGGAGUCUAAACAGGCUCCUGCGCCACCUGAUGCUGCCGCUGGCGGCUUCAGCAACUCUAGUUCUAGUUCAGUGUCACCCAUGAUAGCUUCCGGGCUCCAAAGACUCUACCAUCCGAACGGGCAGCCCUCAACGCCUCGAGUCCCGAAAUAGGGUUAGCAAAAAUAAGUAGACUACGAACAUUCUAACCUCAAAUAUGCUAUGUAUCUAAAUAAAUAUACAUAGGUAUA